CGUCAAUCAGUAUAGGGCUGUUCGACAUCUUUUUUAACAUUUGUUGCCAUCGUGGCAACGCAGCAACUCAUGUAUUUCCUGUCUGCUACGAGUGACUUGUUUAUUCUGUGAAAUAUGAAAAAAUGAGUAGGCUAUUCAGAUUUAAACAUUCGCCAAAUUUUAAAUGAUCUAAUUGAAAGGUAUUCUGCGUAAUAAAUACUAAAAAAGGUUCUGUGAGUAGAAUGUACAAAGUGUCAAAUUUUCGUAACCUGAAAAGUGCAAGGGUAAAACUGUAUAGUUUACCAAAGGAGGGUGCAAGGCGAGACUUGUGGUUUGAGGGAAAGAAUUUCAUCAACGACAUCAACCUGAAAAAUCUGUAUGUGUGUUCGGAUCACUUUCUUACAGACAUGCUUACAGGAAAGCCGAGUGGGCAAUUCCACAAAAAACAUGUUGAUUGGGCACCCUCUAUAAAUUUGGGAUCAAAUCAGACGAAACAAUUUCUAGUUGGUGAUCAGCAAGUACGAAACAAUGUUGCUUUUGACAAGGCUGAUACACAUCCACCUUUGCCUUCAUCAACACUACCCGUGAUGGGAGAGCAAUGGCCAUGAACUCUUGAACCCAAUCAUCUUUUACAGCCUUUUUUUAUUCAGAAGACAGCCCCUUGCAUGCGCCAAGGGCUUCCAGAUGAUUUUGAUAGCUUUUUGUUUCAACUAGAUUCAUGAAGAUAUCUGAGGAAGCAAAUUUUGAAACAAUUGGACAACAGCCUUAACCGUGUUUCCACAGAGAAUAAGGAAAACAAUAUGGACAAUCACUGUUAAACAUUUUUCACUUUUACAAAUAACGUGUUUUGGCCUCAAUACUAAGUCCACUGGCAUAAUUAGACAGUGACAUAGUUAAACACUAACACUAUAACGAACUAAUAUAUAAAGAAAACACAUUAUAACUUCUAAACAACCCUUUUCUAU